AGAUGUCAAAAGAGAUAAGUCAGUGCAUACAUGACAAGCAUCCUACUGAUCGGCCAAAAACUACAGCAAUGACAACGUCAACAGAGAGAACAAUGAUAACUAGUGCACAUUAUAUUGACUGUAUCCUAAACGAAGAAAUAAUGUUUCAGAACAGCUGCUAUUUCUUCUCCCACGACAAACAUAAUACCUGGUUUGAAAGCCAAAAAUACUGUAAACAAAGGAAUUCCGAUUUAGCAGUAAUCAAAAGCUCCACAGAGCAGCAAUUCUUAAAAUUGAGAACUGCACUAGAUGGUGGAUUCUACUGGAUUGGAUUACAAAAUGCUGGUGCCGAAACCUGGAAAUGGGUUGACGGGACAGUUUGUGAUGUCCACAACAAAAGUACUGCAUUUUUUGUCAAUGGAAAACCUAGCAGCCGGGAAACAGAUGAAGACUGUGCUUUUAUGACAUACCCAGAUGGUCUAUGGGAUACUGAGAAAUGUGGCUUUUCUUAUCGAUGGGUGUGUGAAAGAAAGAUAAAUAAAUGAUGAAAGAUAUUAUCUAAGAAGUCAACAGCAUUAUCAUCCACUAAUCAUAAUGGCAAGGGUUUCGAAACUCUGAGAAAAAUGCUGCCAAAAUAAUGAAGCCUGCUGUAUAUGAUAAAAGUACUAUGAUCAAUUGAUAUGGCUUUUAAUAGCCCCAGUGGUUUUGACAUGCCAAAUUUUGAUGGUCAUGUGCUGUUUUCUCACUCAGUAAUUUAAAAUAUAAAGCAUCUUUAUUUAUCUUCUCCUCGAUGCACUUUAAGUACAAAUUCAGCUUUAAUGAAUCUAAAGAAAUUAUUUUUCAUGCCUGCUUUUUUAUUUAUUUAUUUUUCUUCCUGUAAUGGCACUAUUCAUCACAUGUAUUAUACUAUACAAUGAACAGAACUUGAACAAAAUGAACACAAACUGAUGACUGUUCAAACUAAGAUUUCCCUUGUACCUCAAAAGCAGGUGAAUCUUAUUUGCACAGAUGCAAGUCCAGAUCAUCACGUAUAUACUUGACAGCAAAUGAUAUGACAUACUGCUAAGUGAUAGUACAAAUGAGACUUUGUAGUAGAAGUAUGUGGUCAUGCAGUUGUGCCAUUUUAAAUCAUUACAUUAAAGUCACAAUGACUCCAAAUCUUUAAACCAAAUUAAAAUUACAUACACAUAUUUCAAAUAUCUUAUUAUGGCUUUUCAAAAAUUUCCCUAAGAAAGGCAUUGAUAACUGGUGUAUUUAAUUUUCUAUGUUGCGGACAGGGGAAAUACAGUAUUCAUAAAUAUAACUUAAAAAAAUAAAUAAAACUGAUAAGAAUAAGUUGCACAGUAAUUGAAAUGUAUAUAUUUGUACCCAUACACAACUUAUGGAAGGGAUCAUUAUGUGUUAAAUUAUUGCAAAACCCUCAGAACUUAAGAAAGCAUAAUGGCUACCUACCCCACAUAGUGGGCAUAUAUUCCAUUCUACAGAACAAGCCAUCAGCUCCAAUAAGAUAAAUCUACUUCUACCUUAUCCUAAAGAUGGCAACUCUCAGUCUCCUGCAUUCUUAAUCCCAUACGUCUGUAAAGACUGAUGUUCCCAUUAGGAAUAUUUGGAAAGUUUUCUCACUUCUUAAGAAAAACUUUAUCUCUCUUCACCCACAUGUUCAUAACGUGUCAUUUGCUAUCGAUAUUGAAAUUUGUUCUCUUUUUUAUCAUUUGCUUUUUUUUUCCAGUUUUUAGACCUUAACAUAGUCUACCUUUGUGUACAUUGAGUACUAUGAUAUGCACAGUGUUUCUCAACUACAAUCCAGUAAGUAAAAGUUUUUGUGAUAUGAAGGUUUGUUUCAUUUCUUACAUUGUUGUUCUAUUAUUGUGCGCCCAAACCAAGUUUUGAACUCAAGUCUACUAGAUGGUAAUCCUGUGCUUUAACUUCUAUGCCAUUGACCUAGGAAUUAUUCCAUUACUUAAUCUAAAUAAAGCUUUAAUGUGCUCAACUGUC